CAGCCCAAAGGGAAUAAACCCUGAAUGCUAAUAUAUGAAGCCUUUGUGGCUCAAAAAGGACAAGAAUGGAAGCCCAUCGAGCCCGAUCUUAUGCAGACGGGUAAAGCAUAGCUCACCGCAAUUCAAAACUUCAAUCUCAUUUCGCGCCACUUCCUCAGAACCAACGAAACAAUGGACGAUCUCCGCAAAUCUUCGAUGAAAUUCUUCUCCGAUCAACAGCUCUGCUACGCCGACGUCCUCCCUCCUCACGAGGUUCGAGCCAGAAUCCAAGUAGCCGUCCUCAAUUUCCUCAAGAUCUUGAAGUCUCCUGAUCCCGCAAUCUCCAAUCUCCCUCUAAUCAAUAGGAAGUCCAGUAAUAGCAGAGUGCGUGAAGGGCUCUUCACCGAGGUUUCUUGGCUUUUUCUGUCCCACUCCUUUUGUCAAAGAUCAUUGAUGAGAGCCAACGCAGCUAAGGCCUUUAUUAGGGUGUGGAAGGUUAUGGAGAUGUGCUUUGAAAUUCUGAUUGAAGAGAAGAUAGUUACACAGAGGGAGCUCUUUUACAAGCUGCUCUGUGAUUCACCAGAUUACUUCUCAUCUCAAUUGCAGGUCAACAGGACAAUCCAAGAUGUUGUAGCAUUGCUUCGAUGCAGCCGAAACAGUCUUGGAAUCAUGGCAUCUAGCAAAGGACUUGUUGCUGGGCGUAUCUUGUUUCAGGAGCCAAACCAAGAGGUUGUGGAUUGUUCUGCUUGUGGGUCUUCCGGAUAUGCAAUUUCUGGUGAUCUGAAAUUGUUAGACAGCUUGAUUAUGAAGACAGAUGCCCGCUAUAUUAUUGUGGUUGAGAAGCAUGCAGUAUUUCAGAGAUUGGCAGAAGAUCAUGUAUUUAACCAGAUUCCAAGCAUUCUUCUCACAGCAAAAGGUUAUCCAGAUAUAGCCACAAGAUUUCUUCUUCACCGAAUGAGUAGGGCUUUUCCAGAUUUGCCAAUUUUAGCACUGGUUGACUGGAAUCCGGCCGGAUUAGCUAUAUUAUGUACCUACAAGUUUGGAAGCAUAGGGAUGGGUCUAGAGGCAUACAGAUAUGCUUGCAACGUGAAGUGGCUGGGACUGCGAGGCGAUGAUCUACAACUGAUACCUGAACAAUCUUUAGCUCCACUAAAGCCACGGGACCUGCAAAUCGCUAAAGGCUUGAUUUCCUCAGUAAUCUUGCAGGAGAAUUACAGGGAAGAGUUGGCAUUGAUGAUGCAGAGUGGUAAGAGAGCGGAGAUCGAAGCUCUAUACUUUCAUGGAUAUGAUUAUCUGGGGAAGUUUAUAGCAAAGAAAAUUGUCCAAGCCAGUUACAUCUAACAAUACUUCAAUAAUCAGCAUCGUCCGACAGAGAAUCAUGCAUCAGAACUACGCCAUUGAUAAAAACAGGAAAGAUUUAACUACAACGGAAGUAUGGUGGGGUAGUAGAGCUAGCAGGGUUACAAAAUAUAAACGGCUCGAAGAGAACACAGCUAUGGCAAAGCUAGUCCUUAAAAGCAUCAGGGGCCUCUCAUGGAUCGUUGUCCCCCAAUAUUUAAUCAUACUAGCAGUUUAACGUCGACAAUUUGGCCAAGUAAACGCAGAUUAACGAGAACAGAACAAUUCUUUUGUUUCUUUCUCCAUUGAAGACAAAAAGGCGCAUGUAAGGUGAGAUAUAGGGUACAAACAUCCCAUACCUCAGCCAAUUUUAUGAAAAUUUUUCUUGAAUAAUGAAUACUCCUUGAAGGAUAAAUUUCAGCAUUGCCAGCCUGCAACUCUUGUCCUUCAGACAAGUUUCAUAUCAGCAAUGAAUUUCAUGCUGAUAAAAUAAUACAAAUGAAGCAUAAAUAUCGG